AUUGCUUCAUUCCAUAUUUCUAAGUAACAAAACAAAACAAAAAAAGGGUCACGCGUGAGAUAUAAAAGAAGAUCCUUUGCAGUUUCUGUGUUCUUGCUUCUUCUUCUUCAUCAUCUCUCUUUAGUCUUUAUAUUUGAUACUGUCCGAAUAAUAAUAAUAACAAAAGCUCAGUCUUUUUGUCUUUUCUCUUUGAAAUAUUUUCGAGUGAUUUAAGGACAGAAACAAGAACUAAAGUUUGUAGAGAGAAUAAGACUUCUCGUACUAUCUUUUCUCGUGUUCGUUCGUAUGACAGAUUAAAUAAUUAGUUUUUUUAUCUUUCUUUCUUUGCUUUUGUCCUUGUCUGAGAGUGGGCGAUAAUGCCUAGAGAAAAGGGUUUUUAAAAAAGAUUUGAUCUUUUGUUCUUGUUUGGGUUUAAAAGAGCAACGAUACUACGAUGCAAAGAGUACACAAUAAACCGAUUGAUUCAAUCGGAGCUGUUAAACACUUGAUCAAACAGAGCAACGGCUGCGGCGACGGUGGUGGGGUGACCGCGGCGGCGACGAAUAUGCAAGAACCGAGUAUCGAGACUGAUAAGCUAAGCUACGAGAUUUUCUCUAUUCUCGAAAGCAAGUUUCUUUUCGGGUACGAUGAUGAUGACUCGAAGCUUAUGGAAUCAAGGAGCAGAGACCCGAGUCCUGAGCAAGAAACGGUGGUUGAAGCUUUAAACGGCGUCGUUCCGGGUUCGAUCAAGAACCAGAGAGGUAAAGUCUGUGUUUUGAGUAUCGACAGUGGUGGUGGGAUGAGAGGGAUCAUACCCGGGAAAGCUUUGGCGUAUUUGGAACACGCUCUCAAAUCUAAAUCGGGUGAUCCGAAUGCCCGAAUCGCCGAUUACUUCGACGUUGCUUCCGGUUCCGGUAUCGGCGGGAUUUUCACGGCGAUGCUUUUCGCGUCCAGUGAUGGUAACCGUCCGAUCUUUAAAGCGGAGGACACGUGGCGGUUUUUAGCUAAGAAAGGUAAAAGCUUUUACGGCAAGUCGUCGUCAUCAUCACCGUCGCAGGGGAUUUUAAACCGGGUUAUGAGAACCGGGUCGGGUGGGUCGGGGGGUUCUAAGCUUGAGAAAGCGAUGAAAGAGUCGUUCGAGGAGCUUACGCUUAAGGACACGCUUAAACCGGUUUUGAUUCCUUGCUACGAUCUCACUAGCUCUGCGCCGUUCUUGUUCUCACGUGCUGAUGCGUUGGAAACUGACGGUUAUGAUUUCAAGCUGUGGGAGGUUUGUAAAGCCACGUGGGCUGAGACUGGAGUGUUUGAGCCUGUGGAGAUGAGAUCAGUUGAUGGUAAGACACGGUGCGUGGCGGUUGAUGGUGGUUUAGCUAUGAGUAAUCCUACGGCUGCAGCGAUCACUCAUGUCUUGCAUAAUAAGCAAGAGUUUCCGUUCGUUAGAGGUGUUGAGGAUUUGCUUGUCUUGUCACUUGGUACGGGACAGUUGGUUGAUGUGAAGUAUGAUUGUGAUAAGGUUAUGAAGUGGAAGUCUAAACAUUGGGCUCGACCUGCUGUUCGGAUCUCUGCGGAUGGAGCGGCUGAUACUGUGGACCAGGCUGUUUCUAUGGCGUUUGGUCAGUGCCGUAGGAGUAACUACGUUCGUAUUCAGGCGAAUGGUUCAAGCUUCGGUCCAUGCAAACCGAAUAUAGACACAGACGCAAGUCCAAGCAAUGUGAAUAUGCUUGUGGGAGUAGCAGAAGAGAUGUUGAAGCAGAAGAACUCAGAGUCUGUUCUGUUUGGUGGUAAAAAAAUCAAUGAAGAGAGCAACUAUGAGAAGCUGGAUUGGUUAGCCGGUGAACUCGUGCUCGAGCACCAGAGGAGGAGUUGUAGAAUCGCUCCCACUGUCGCGUUCAAGCAAUCCGGCGACAGAAGAGCCGAUCAGCAGACGAUUUUUAAGGAUAUUGAUUGUAUGUUUUGAUGAUUUUAAAAUUGUAUAGAUUUGUGUUUUUUAAGUUCCGAGAAGAAAGUGAACAUUAUCUUCGAAAUAGGCUUUAAUUAUUCCUUAAGAUAUAUGUUAUUUUUCAUCGACUCAAAAA